AUGGCACCACGAUCAUACAGCAAGACCUACAAGGUGCCACGUCGUCCUUUCGAGGCUGCUCGUCUGGACUCUGAGCUCAAGAUCGUCGGCGAAUAUGGCCUUCGUAACAAGCGUGAGGUGUGGCGCGUUAUGCUCACCCUCUCCAAGAUCCGUCGUGCUGCUCGUCAACUCCUGACCAUGGAGGAGAAGGAUCCAAAGCGUCUUUUCGAAGGAAACGCCUUGAUUCGCCGUCUCGUACGUGUUGGUGUGCUUGAUGAAUCCCGCAUGAAGCUCGAUUACGUGCUUGCGCUCAAGGUGGAGGAUUUCUUGGAGAGACGGCUACAAACUUGUGUCUACAAGCUCGGAUUGGCGAAGAGCAUUCAUCAUGCUAGGGUCUUGAUAAGGCAGAGGCACAUUCGUGUUGGAAAGCAAAUCGUCAACGUCCCAUCCUUCGUCGUUCGUCUCGACUCGCAAAAGCAUAUUGAUUUUGCUCUGACCUCGCCAUUUGGUGGUGGACGCCCUGGACGUGUGAGGAGGAAGAAGGCUAGAGCUGCGGAGAAGAAGGAUGAGGGUGAUGCUGGUGAGGAGGAAGAGGAGUGA